AUGGCUUUCCGUACCACGGCAGAAGAAAUGGAGAGGCUUCAGCUAUCCGAUGAUGACACAGAGGACCUCUGGAACUCCCCGUCCAAGAGAGUGCCCCACAAAAAGAUCAACCCAAGAACCUCCGACGAGAAAACUACACCAGAACCUCGAGCUUCCCGUGAUGGCGAGGAUCCUCUCUUUAAUCACCAGGAGGCCCGAGAGGCUGCUCUGCGGACAGAAUUACAAGGAGUGCGGAAUAUCAAUGAAGUCAUAGAAGGGCUUCUGGGAAGUUUGGACUCCGCCAAAGGAAACAUGGAGACAGUCUCACAAACUGUUACCUCGGCCUCGACACUCCUCAACACAUGGACUCGCAUUCUCUCCCAAACCGAGCAUAAUCAGCGAUUGAUCCUCAACCCCAACUGGAAAGGCGCUACUCAGGAUGUGGUCGAUAUCGAGAACCAAGCGAUUCAAAGACAGCAAGCGGCAGAAAGACGUGAACAGGCACUUCAGCAACAAAGAGAAGCAGCAGCGCGAAAAGCCGAGGAAAUUGAAAAGCGACGCGCACAGGUCACUCGGGGUACUCGAGGCAGCCGCGGAACUACGAGAGGCACAGUUCGAAGCACUGGUUUAGGAAGAACGCCCAGUGUCAGCACAACCCGAACGGCAACACGGGGAUCUACGACAACAACCCAACGGCCAGCUAGCGGGAUAGCGCGAGGGAGUGGAAUUUCUCGCGGUCGGGGGAAGGUCUAG